AUGCGGCGGCCUGGAUUGUUUGCUCGACCGCUCCUGCGGGCCCUGCUACCUGCUCAACACCUUCUGCAAGCAUUGCCGAGAUGCUUCUCUGCAACUCCCGGUUUCGCGAUUGACCAACGACGCGUCGCUGGGAAAAUUGAGAUCAAAACCAUCGACGACAAAAUCGCCGCAUUCACUCUCAAUGAAAAGAUCCGAUCCCCUAAAGUCCAGCUCAAAGGGCUUGAUGGAAAGCUCUCUGAGCCACAACCCCUCUACAAACUGCUCGAUUCUAUUGACCGGACCAACCAGUAUGUGCUACAAAUGAACAAGCCCGAACAAGGCGAGAUGGCUAUUGUACAGAUCGUCACCCGUGCAGAUCUGAUCCAAAGAAUAAACCGCCAAGAGGACAUGUUGAAGAACCAGAAACGACUGGAAAAGGAGAAAAGACCGAAACAGUUGGAGCUCAAUUGGGCCAUUAGCGCCAACGACCUCCAGCUCAAGAUGAAGCAGAUGCAAGAAUUUCUUAAAAAGGGAAAGAAGGUCGAACUAUUGCUGGCAAACAAAAGACACCAGAGAAAAGCCUCCCAGGCGGAAGCGGAGGCGUUGCUCAAGACCGUUCGAGAGAAGAUCGAGGAAGUCGGUGCCGCCGAGGUCGUGCCUAUGGAGGGCGCUAUUCUCAGGCAGGCUCUCUUAACUGUCAAGAUGCGUGGAACCUGA